GCGACUAGCGCGAGCAAAGCGAAGGCGAACAAGUGAACAACGCGAAAGUCUGCGCUAGGCAGAGCGAGUCGCCGUGUGAAUAUAUAACGUUGACCAUCUGAUUUUAUUCUAAUCUAAUAAAUCCGCGCAUUAAACAGUUAGUAAGCUGGCUGUCGUUGCACAUCGUGGCGUGUUCAGCAAUGUUGUGUCGCUGUCAGACCUGACGCAUUUUUCUAAUGUUUCGCAGCAUCAAGUACAAGAAACCUUAUGUGUUAAGUGUUAAAUAUUUCUAUCGUAGCAAACAAUUAUAAGAAAACGAUGCGAAGCUAUGCAUGUUGAACGAGUACUCUCUAUCUGUGUCUUAUUUCUCUUUGUAAUUACCGCAGGUGCGCUCACACGUAACAAUGAGUAUAAAAUCAAAAAGUACUAUGUCGAUAUCAGGAGGAAUCUGACGCUGAUAUGCCCGUUAAGGGGGAGUGAUUUUAUGUGGAUACGUGAAGGGCGCGACGAGGAACACGAAGUGCCCAAGUUGACAGUGCUUGACGAUGGAUCACUCUUUCUCUCCGAUGUGGAGAAGAAUGAUUCCGGAGUGUAUAGUUGUACGGCAAACGAUUCGGAUACCGAGGAUGAUAGUAUAGCGAAGAUGGAGGUUUUCGUCAGAACACCUCCACCACCACUAAUCAACGUUCACGUGCAUGCAAGCACAAUCCUGGCUGUAAUCCUAUGGGGUGUCAGUGGCGACGGCGGUUACCCGAUUAGCUACUUCACUGCCCAAUUUAAGCAAACCGACGUCGAGGAAGAAUGGAUGGACAUCACCCCAAUCCACAUAAUGCCAAGUUCGAGGCAGAUUGACGUGUAUAAAUUACUCCCCAACACAACAUACGCUUUUCGCGUGUGGGCAACCAACCAGCUCGGCGACAGCGAUAUAUCGGUGGUUUAUCAAACAACGCGGAUAUCCAAUGAAACUGCAGAACUAGUGCGUCACUUCCUUGAAGGCGCCAAGGACUUCGACACACGUGUUUGGGUACUGGCUGUCGUCAUCGUGAUGGGCACCCUGCUGGUGCUGGGCUUAGGCACUUGCUUUCUGCUUUAUCAGGAGUGCAAAGUACCAGGUGAAAUGGAGGAUCAAGAAGUGAUUGAGCUGGUGCCGAAUAUUAUCCUCAAUCCGGGUUUCGAGGGCAACACGCAGCUGAUGCCGGCGGCCGACGAAAACUCCAACAACGAAACAACGACCCGCCUCAACAAUAACACCGUUGUUUACCAGCGCAAUCAAUAGACGAGAUCAUCAUCUGAUUAUCAGCAUUGUUGCAUAAUGUUAUUAAUCUAAUCACCGAGCGUACGUGCAUAGAUGCGAUAUUAUUCAAAAUUGAUUUGAUUUGAUGUGAGUCUGUUGAGAAGAUAAUUACAGUCAUUACGGGAAUUAAUUGAAUGAUACAACGAAUUGGCUACAAUCGGCACGAAAUGAAAACUAAAAACAUGCGAAAUUGACAGAAAUCAGAGGAAGAUACAAUUAUCAUAUCCACUUGCACAAAUUAAGAAUUAUCUGCAAAAUUAUAAAUUAAACUAGAAAGGCUUCCAUAAUCUAGUGACACUGAUAAAUGGGCGUACAUGAUAUCAAGAUUUUUUCGAAAUGUAUUUAUCUCUAGAGUUAUAAAAUGUUUUAUAUCUGACAAAGUAACAUCUACGGAUACGUUUCAUAUGACGGCAAAUUUUUGGUUAAACGGAUGUCAUUUAACUUUAAAUGAGGUUAGGUAAGCUUUUUGACAGCUGAUGGCAAUACUGUUGUAUUAUCUAACAUUUUUCAUCCUGUGCAAAUUGGAAUCGAAGCAAAAAACGACUAAAAACUAGUCAAUCAGGAAGUCAUGUGUACAAUCAGACGAGGCGACGAAAAUACUAACAAGAUUCAAUACCGAUAACCUUGUGUUCACUUGUAUUAAUUAGAAGUAAACAUUUUGACGAUGGUUGUGCCUAACUAGGUGUAUUAGCUAGCGAAAUAUCGAAUGGCGAAUUGAAUUUAAAAAACAAACGAAACGUAGGUUGAAAAAGUUGUGACAUAAUUUAUAAUGCGGCAGUUGAUAUUAUAUUUUGUAUGUAUUAAGAACUUGGCGUAACCGAUGUAAACAAACAUAAAAAAACUAGCUCAAAAUGCGAUGUGAAUAGCAAACACGUCACGCAGGCAAUGUUCAAAUAAAUUCAACGUAGCGUAUGAAUAAUAUCGCAAAAUACGAU